AUGGGGAAGGUGGUCGUCGCAGAGGCCACGGCGCGGCAGGGGGCGGCCUUCGUCCUCGGCGCCGUGGCCGCGCUCACCGUCGUCAUGCUCGUCCAGUACCGAGCGCCGGCCGCGGGGCUCAGCCGCGCCAGGACGCCGGGACACUUCUCUGGCUUGAGGUCAUCAUCCGACUCCGACGACCAGCACCACCGCCCCAACGGGACAAGAGCGCGUGCUCAUGUUCAUCAGGCGCCGCCGGUCGCCGGUGGUCCAGGGCGAGACGACGAUCAUCACCUUCACCGUCCGGCAAACGCCACAACAAUCGCAAAGCCCAAUUCUACCUCGACUCAUGCCGCUCCAAGUCAUCUUUCCCGCACACAUCGCCGUCGACAAAAGGGACCGAAGGUGGAGUCGCCGGAGUUCCGGGGGUUGGCCGCGGCGGUGGCACGGGCGGCGAUGGACGACCGGACGGUGAUCAUCACGUGCGUGAACCAGGCCUGGGCGGCGCCCGGCUCCCUCCUGGACCUGUUCCUGGAGAGCUUCCGCAUCGGCGACGGCACAGCUCGCCUGCUCCCGCACGUGCUGGUCGUGGCCAUGGACCCCGGCGCCCACGCGCGGUGCCUGGCCGUGCACCAGCACUGCUACCACUACACCAUCCCGGGCCUCAACAUCGACUUCGCCGCCCUUAAGUUCUUCCUCUCCAAGGACUACCUGGAGCUGGUGUGGAGCAAGCUGAAGCUGCAGCGCCGCAUCCUGGAGCUCGGCUACGGCUUCCUCUUCACCGACGUCGACAUCAUGUGGCUGCGCGACCCGUUCAAGCACGUGACGGCGUACGCCGACAUGACGGUGUCCAGCGACGUCUACUUCGGCGACCCCGACAACCUGGACAACUUCCCCAACACGGGGUUCUUCCACGUGAAGCCCAACGCGCGGACCAUCGCCAUGACGAAGCUGUGGCACGGGGCCAGGGGCAAGUACCCGGGCGCCAACGAGCAGCCGGUGUUCAACAUGAUGAAGAAGCGGAUGGUGAAGAAGCUGGGGCUCCGGGUGCAGUACCUGGACCCGGUCUAUGUGGGCGGGUUCUGUAGGUAUGGUAAGGAUCUGGGGAAGAUCGUUACCAUGCAUGCGAACUGCUGUGUGGGGAUUGAUAACAAAAUUAGAGAUUUGAAGGGUGUUCUUGAUGACUGGAAGAACUAUACCAGGUUGCCGCAUUGGGAGAAGCAUCGGGCCAAGUGGACCGUGCCCGGUGCCUGCAUCCGUGCAGAAAAACAAGCUUGA